ACCGCGACCCGCGCACGGCCCCUGCGGUCGGGCCCCGCGGGCACCCCGGCGGCCCGAUCCCCCUGCACGCCUGCAAAGCUGUGUGCCCUGCUAUGAUGCCAGGGCAGAUCCCUGACCCGUCCCUGACGGCCGGCGCGCUGCCUGGCCUUGGCCCCUUGACAGGCCUGCCCGGCACGGCCCUGACUGCCGAGGAGCUGAAGUACGCCGACAUCCGCAACAUCGGGGCCAUGAUCUCACCGCUACACUUCCUGGAGGUCAAGCUUGGGAAGAGGCCUCAGCCCGUGAAAAGUGAGCUGGAUGAGGAAGAGGAAAGGAGGAAAAGGCGCCGGGAGAAAAACAAAGUAGCAGCAGCACGAUGUCGUAACAAGAAGAAAGAGAGGACGGAGUUCCUGCAGCGGGAGUCCGAGCGUCUCGAGCUCAUGAACGCUGAGCUGAAGGCCCAGAUAGAAGAGCUGAAACAGGAGAGGCAGCAGCUGAUCCUGAUGCUGAACCGGCACCGCCCCACCUGCAUCGUAAGGACAGACAGCAUCAAGACACCCGAGAGCGAAGCCAACCCCCUGCUGGAGCAGCUCGAGAAGAAGUGAAGGUGGCACUGGGCCAGGAGGAGGAGACAGUGGUGCAGGGUCUUCUAGAGUCUCUAAUGUAUGUACUGUAUGAAGAACUGUGCACCCAGGCCUGGUACAGCCAGGACCCAGUGGGCUUCCUUGGGAACUAUGGACCAAACAAAUAUGGGAACGGAGAAGAUCAGGAACCUGUCAACCAUGUACUCUGAGGCUGAACCCGGGAGCAGGGCUAGCGGCGCCGGUGGGGGCAACCUCCCUGUGAUACCUCAUGCCGGCCCUUCAGGCUGCCAGGGCUCCAGGGCCCCACGGCACCGCGGCGCCAGGCCCGGGUGCCCGUGGGGGACAGGGGCGGCUCCCAGGCCCCGCUCCCGAGGGAACCGCACCCCAAGAACCGCAAACACUUGAUGCAGCCCGGGCUGGCGGGCAGGCCUCGGGGCUCGGAGGCGCGGGCGCCCCGCACGAGCACACUCAGUGUAAUGUUUACAGCCCAGCUGUCCCUGUCGGCCGUGCUUUUGAAUGCACAUUUUUACACUUUUUUUAAAGUAUUUUUUACAAAGUUUUUAUACAGCGAUCUCUAUAUGGAUUUAUAUAAUCACUAGAUGUGAUCCCAUAGAAAUGUAUGUUAUGAUGGUCUCUGUUACAAACGCAUAUGCCACAGUUAUCUCCAUUGUGUUACUUGUCCGGUAGCGUCCGGCUCCUUCCCUGGCGUGCUGGGAAGGGGUCCAGGCUGCCCUCCAAGGCGGUGUUGCUGCCUUCUCCAUCCAUGUAUGUCUUUCAUAAUACUCAGUUCUGUAUCUCUCAGUAAAUGUUACCUUUACAUA